AUGUCCAAAAGCCAUCAUGAGUCUGACGCAAUUGUCUUGCUUUGUUUCUCUCAGCUGGACGCUAAAAAGAGUCCUUUGGCAUUGCUGGCUCAGACCUGCUCUCAGAUCGGCAAGCCCGACCCUCCGUCUUCUUCGAAACUGUCGUCUUUAUCCUCUGGGAGCCACGACAAGGAGCCGUCCGGACGAUCCAAGAGCGGGGAGCAGCACCACACCCAGGACGACAAGUCCAGCUUCAAGCCAUAUGCCAAGUCCUCCGGCGAGUCUCGGAAGGACGUGAUCGUGACCAAGAGUGACAAGUCCUUCAGGCUGGCUAACGGCGGCUCCAACGGCCCGUCCGCUGCCUGCCCACCCUUCCCCGCUCAUGCCCGUUCCCCUGGCUCUCGCUCCCCUCCCUUGCACCCCCAAAGCCAAUCCCCGUCCUCCACACGCUCCCCUGCACUCCCCCAAACACCGACCAGCGGUUCAGAGCAGCACGCAUCAGAUUCUUCAACCAGCGCCAAGAAAGACGCAGAUUCUUCAAAGUCUCCGCUAGAACACGGAGCGCACGUGCUCGCCAAUUCUAGCCACGUCCGAGCCAGCGCUAACUCCAGCAAUGCUAGCUCUGCCGGAAGCCCGCACCCAGAGAGCAAGGACCAGCAACUCUCCUCUCAGCCCGGGCUUGGACACAUCGCCCCAGUUUCACCGUUCAAACCCGGACACUCGGUCUUCCCCUUGCCCCCGGCAUCGAUGGGCUACCACGGCUCUGUUAUAGGGGCCUACGCUGGUUAUCCGUCGCAGUUCGUCCCGGGUCUGGACCAUGCCAAGUCCAGUUUGGGGCUGGGACUCCCAGGGAAACACGCCAGCUCUAGUCCUCUCACGGGCGCCUCACCUCCGACGCUGAUGCAAGGUCUUUGCCGGGACCCGUACUGUCUAACGUACCCGAACAGCCACCAUCUGAGCGGCAGUAACUGUAAUUCUUGCGUGCAUGACCCAAGUUCCUCGAUGAAAUCCGGGUUUCCGCUCGUUUAUCAAUCUCACCCUCUGCACACGCUCCACUCCACCAGCAGCACGCCGGGUACCCUCUCACACCCGCUCUACACUUACGGCUUCAUGCUGCAGAACGACCCUCUACCGCACGCCUGCAACUGGGUGUCAGUGGGCGGGCCGUGCGACAAGCGGUUUGCUACAUCUGAGGAGUUGCUAGCACACUUGCGCACGCACACGUCGCUUCCAGGGAUGGUGGACGCUAACAAAAUGCUUUCGGCGUAUCCUUCUUCUGUUUCGUCUUCAUGUCACCUCCACUUGCCACCCCCCAGCAGCCCGGGCGCGCUCCCUGGCUCCUUCUCUCUGCGUGGGUCGCCUGGACUGGGCCUGGCGCGCUACCACCCGUACGGCAAGUCGCACCUUUCCGUCCCCGGACUGCCCAUGCACCCGUCUUCCUCGCCGUAUUACUCGCCUUAUGCGCUGUAUUCGCAGAGACUGGGAUCGGCAUCAGCUUUGGGAUACCAGUGA